AUGUUGAUAAGCGUAUUACGUAGGCCAAAACAGAGAGCGCUGAAGAAGUUAGAAGAAUUGCGUUUUAUUGCAGAAAAUUGUCGACGAUCAGUUGCUGGAGAAGAACUUCUUGUGGAUAAGCGUAAAGAGUUUUGGAUGAAAUGCGGCAUCAUUUUCCCACCACUUUACCCAAAUCCAAAACCAAUCCCUCAAAAUGUUUAUGAACGAAUGUUCACUUACGGUACCAGAUUAGGAGUGUAUGUGAGCAUCACUGUGCAAUUAAUAUUGGGUCUGAUGAUACCAUUCCCGUCCAUUCGGGCUAUCAUUCUAAUUGCCACAAUCAAAUUAACGACUAGUCGGCUUCGUUCCAUCAUUCUUAUGCUUAUAAUUGUGUGGGCUUUUCAAAUACCAGCAAUUAAUACAACUCGUAAUUUGCAAAUGCUCGCAGAAUCGGCUGCUUGUGUGAGUGAUUCGGCGAUUCAAAUUGGCAACAAACUUGUUACUGAAGUUAAUAUGCAAACUAAUAAGCUUUCAUUGUCAGGAUUAAAAGAACAAAGUCGUUUUUUCGCGAACCAUCUUAAAAAUUUUUGGAAUACCAUGCGAAAGUUGCAAAACAUUGUCGUUAAGUUUAGUAAGCAAACGAAGGAUUAUUUGGUACAAUUGCUUACAGUUAAAGAGUAUUGCCAGCGGUUUUUCAUUGGUCCCUAUUAUUUUUGUCUUCGAAUUUUUGAUGAGAGCGCUCAAUAUUGUGAUCGGCUCACUCUGUAUCGUGGAUUACCAGUUUGUAAAUUCGUGAAGGAUAUGAGAAUGAUUUGUGAUGCAGCAAGAUUUGGGGAGCUGGUUUGUGAUAUUCCGGAGAAGAUGAAAGGAAGUUUGAAGUCCGGCUUUCUCUCAUUUACGCAGGAUAAAAUGAAAGCUGCUUUGAACACUGUUAUGAAUGAUUACAAUAUUAGCUUCCUUGUAAAAGAGGCGAAAGCUGCAAAAAAAUCCUGGGAUGAAUUGGGAAUUUCGUUAAAUCAUACUAUUGAAGGCAAUCGUACACAAAUGAUCCAACUCGAGAAAAUGAAGGAAGAAUUGGAAAAGAUCUUGAAUCAAUUCAAAAUUUUUGUAGAUAUUUUGGCUACAACGAUUAGUUUUAUUAUUCCCAAUUUGAUCAUUGUAACACUGUUUACGGCUUUGGUAUAUGUUGUCAAGUAUAAACAAAAGGAGAAAACGGAUAAUGUGUACAUUACGGAAGAGUUUCGAAAUAUUGAUAUGAUACGGGAGGCACAGGGACAACCUUCUUUACUUCCGCUGUUACCCAAAGAACGCGAAAUAUAUAUUGAGGGACUCACAUUACAUAUGACAUCAAAGGAGAAGAUGAGAAUGCUAUUUUCGUUUGCGAUCACAUUGAUUGGCGGUUUUCUGCCAACUUUUUUAAUACUGCUAGAUGUAUUUACCUAUCAAAUGCUUUAUUUCACUUACUCAUUCCUACAGUCUAAUGCUACUCGCACAGACCGACUUGAUUUCUACAAUCUUAAAGCUGCAGGAGAAGGUUUUAUGGCGAAACUUUUACAAAGAAUUCUUCAAAUAUUUCAUCCAAUCACAGGAAGUCAACAUAGCGAUGAUGAUUGGAGACAAUGUUUCACUGAGCCUAACCCACCUGACUUUCAGCUUAUUCGAUUAAUGAUGUUCUUAUACUUCAUUGCUUUUUUAUUGUGCGUUGUACAAGUAUAUGUAGUAAGGUGUCGACAUUUGAUUGCGCAAUAUUAUUGGCCAGAAAGGACAAAACCACGCACUUUAUGGUUGUAUAACAAAGUUCUCGAAGGUCGCAAAAAUAUCCUAACACAACUGAUAAAAGCUGCCAAAGAAAAGGAGUUCAAAGAGCAACUUGUUGAAGAUGAAAUUAGCGGACAAGGAAAUCUUGUAAAUCGUGGUUUGACAGUACUGAGUGCUGAUCAGUACAGAUGUUUAAGAUGUUUUCGACCAGAUCUUAGUAUCGCCGAUGCAAGUAACUCAAGAAUAUGUCCUAAUUGCAACAGUUUAUAUUGUACUGACUGCUAUGCUGUCAAGAAAAAAUGCUUAGAAUGUGGUGCAAGCUUACAGGCAGUAUUGAACGAAACUGAAUUUUACAUAGAUAGUAGCUGUGAAGAGGAUGAACCUGAUAUUGGAACACCGGAAAUUUCAUUAGUAUAG